AUGAACAUAGAACACGACUCUGAUGUAUAUGCUUCUUCGGUCAUACGUGUCAUUAAUAUAAACGCACCCGCCACUAGAGAAUUGUUUCCUAUUUCUGCAUGUAUGCUGUACAAUUGCUCAAAAAUAAGUGGUGUUGUUUUAAAAGUACCAUCUGCAUGUCAUCGCGUUGACAUAGAUAGUGCACGAAGUCCAGUCAUCGAUUUUACAAUCAUAAAUCGUUCGUCAUCAUGUACACCAGAAACAUGA